GAAGUUCCUGACUGCUGGGUUAUCCGGGUCACCUUUGUUACAUCACGCCGGGUUGCGGCGAGUGGCCGGAGAGACUGUGUAAACCGGGCUGAAUUCCCGGGGUGCGGACGCCAUGUUCUCGCUCAGCAGCACGGUGCAGCCGCAGGUUACGAUACCAUUAAGUCACCUCGUUACUGCCUUCCACUCCCCCAAAAUUGCAGCGUACUUUCCCAGUUCAGCGUCCAUCCAGGUUCUUCAACGUGAAGUCACCGCUGACCCGGAGACCUGCAGCGCUGAGCCUCUUUUAAAUCUCAGGGACCUUGGCUUGUCUGAGUUGAGGACCACUGACCUUGAUACACUUGUGAACAGGCUGCUUCCCGGCUUCUUCUCCGAUAAAAAGAAAACCCCCUCCUGCUGGCACACGUCAUAUGUCUCCGCAGAAUCCUUCUUUGAAAACAAAAAUGGCUAUCCAGACACUUUCAGAGUUCUUCGGCCUAUUUUCACGCAGCAACCAAGCCCACUGAAACAAGUCAGCACCGACCUCCAUCGUUGGCCUGGUUACAUUCAGUCUCGGGGAUUCAAGACUUUGAAAACAAGAGAGAGACGCCUUCAGUCCACCUCUGAGCGCAUUGCUGCAGCAGAAAAUGUCACCCCAUCGUUCAUGAAGGGAUUCUUAAUGAGAGAGAGAAUGCCAGAUGUAGAAAACUUAGACAAGAUUGUGAAAAAUAAAAAUGUUCCAGAAGGACAACAGGAUGCAUUUAAGACCGGAUUUGCAGAGGGUUUCCUGAAAGCACAAGCUCUCACUCAGAGGUCGACUGAAUCACUGAAGAGAACCCGCUACAUCCUGCUGGCUGUAUUGUUACUUGGCAUCUACGGUUUGUCAAAAACCCCAUUUCUGUCAGUUCGUUUCAGAGCGACAUCUGGCCUUGAUGCAGCUGUUGAUCCAAUUCAGAUGAAAAAUAUCACUUUUGAGCAUGUGAAAGGGGUUGAAGAAGCAAAACAGGAACUACAGGAAGUGGUAGAGUUUUUGAAAAAUCCUCAGAAAUUCACAGUUUUAGGAGGCAAACUUCCCAAAGGCAUCCUUCUAGUUGGUCCACCUGGAACUGGGAAGACUCUGCUUGCUCGAGCUGUGGCGGGGGAAGCCGACGUUCCUUUUUAUUAUGCUUCAGGUUCUGAAUUUGAUGAGAUGUUUGUAGGCGUCGGAGCAAGUCGCAUUCGAAAUCUAUUCAGGGAAGCCAAGACCAACGCACCUUGUGUCAUAUUUAUCGAUGAGCUGGAUUCUGUAGGGGGUAAAAGAAUCGAAUCCCCCAUGCACCCAUAUUCCAGACAAACGAUUAACCAGCUCCUUGCAGAAAUGGAUGGCUUUAAACCCAAUGAAGGGGUCAUAAUCAUUGGAGCAACAAACUUUCCAGAAGCUUUGGAUAAUGCUUUAAUACGCCCAGGUCGAUUUGACAUGCAGGUGACCGUCCCCAGGCCAGAUGUGAAGGGACGCACAGAAAUUCUUAAAUGGUACCUCAGCAAAAUAAAGUAUGACCAGUCUCUUGAUGCUGAAAUUAUUGCUCGUGGCACCGUGGGAUUUUCUGGAGCCGAACUGGAGAAUCUGGUGAACCAGGCUGCUCUGAAAGCUGCUGUGGAUGAAAAAGAGAUGGUUACCAUGAGGGAACUGGAGUUUGCCAAGGAUAAAAUACUCAUGGGGCCUGAGAGGAGAAGUGUGGAGAUAGAUGACAAGAAUAAAAAAAUUACUGCCUAUCACGAGUCAGGACAUGCAAUUAUCGCCUAUUUUACCAAAGAUGCCAUGCCCAUUAACAAAGCGACCAUCAUGCCCCGGGGGCCAACACUCGGUCAUGUUUCUCUUUUGCCAGAAAAUGAUCGCUGGAGUGAGACGAGGUCCCAGCUCCUUGCACAGAUGGAUGUAAGCAUGGGCGGCAGGGUGGCUGAGGAAAUUAUUUUUGGGCCAGAAAACAUAACUACAGGUAAUUUUUGUCAAAUUCUAGUCAUUUCCCAGCCACAGCUGCACACAUCUCAUCUUUUUGGUUCUGUUAAAGGGGCUUCUAGCGAUUUUGACGGUGCAACAAAGAUAGCAAAGCUAAUGGUAACAAGAUUUGGAAUGAGCGAAAAGCUAGGGGUAAUGACUUAUUCUGACACUGGGAAACUGAGUCCAGAAACACAAGCUGCCAUUGAGCAAGAAGUCCGUACACUGCUAAAGGAUUCUUAUGAACGGGCAAAAAACCUUCUGAAAAGUCAUGCGAAGGAGCAUAAAAAUCUGGCUGAAGCUUUACUAAUGUAUGAGACUUUGGAUGCCAAAGAAAUUCAGAUGGUAUUAGAAGGAAAGAAGCUGAGAUGAUACCAUCGAUGUAGCGGACUGAGCUCCUCAUUGUUUUAUUGUCUCUGCAUAAUUCGUUCUUUAUAUUACGUACUACUCUUUAUUUAAGGUAUGCCAAAAUA